CAUCAACAAGCUCGUGCCCUUUGGAGCGCCCCGGCCUGCCUCCUCUCGUUCUUUCCUCCUCCAUAUAAUCAUCUGGCACAUUCUGGUGACUGUGAAAUGUCUUGACGGUUUAUAGCUCUCUUUGACUGCAAUUUCAUUCUUUCUAGUCACAUGCGGUCUCUACUUUUUCGUGGUUACCACAGCUAAAGUAUCAACCCGCUCGUCCCUCGGCGCCAUACAAUCUUCCGAGAUGUCCGGAGAACGUACACAUGAUGAAGAAGAAAAGCAGCCGUUGACUGCAGGUGAUCUCGGAGGUCGGCCGUCCUGUGAUUCUGUGACAUCGGCCUCAACGACAUCCUUGAUAUUAGAACACAUAAAUGGGCGCGGCAGAAACGGGUCGCGGAGCUCAUACCAUGAAGGUCUCGAGUCAGGUCAGCACUUUCAGGAUGAUAAGCUCGAUUCUGCUAGCCUUGAAGAGGGACUUGAUUUGCCUCAGCGUACCAGACCGGUUGAAAAGAAACUCAAACGAAUCAUAUGGAUAUUAACAGCAGCGUUCAUUGGCAGCUGGGCCCUCGCUCUAAUAGUUCUUAUCGCUAGAGGCUCUUAUCGACAUGCUUCGAGCUUUCCGCAUGAUCCGACAGCGACUUCUUCUCGAGGAUCCGCACAUAAAGUGACACUCGAUCAAGUCCUCACGGGACAGUGGCGGCCCAAAGCCCACGGCAUAUCCUGGAUCAAAGGCGCAAACGGCGAAGAUGGCUUGCUUCUCGAAAGAGAUGGCGGGAAUGGUCAGCCAUAUCUGGUUGUGAAAGAUAUACGCAACCGGAAAAAAGAUUCGUCCUCGACGGCGUUCACAACCUUAAUGGAAAAGCCCGAUUUCAAGGUUGGGAACAGACUCGUGCAACCGAGCAAUGUCUGGCCAAGCAAUGAUCUUCGGAAAGUGUUGGUUGUUUCUCACCAAGAGCAUAAUUGGCGUCAUUCUUUCACUGGUCGGUAUUGGAUCUUCGACGUUCAAUCUCAAACCGGGCAAGCCCUUGAUCCAGGAAAUCCUGAAGGUAGAGUUCAGUUGGCAUCUUGGUCUCCGCAAUCAGAUGCAAUCGUCUUCACAAGAGAAAACAACAUGUUCAUCCGCGAGCUUUCUUCUGACAAAGUUGAACAAAUAACCAGUGAUGGCGGACCUGAACUCUUUUACGGAGUUCCCGAUUGGGUGUACGAGGAGGAGGUCUUCAGCGGAAACAGCGCUACGUGGUGGGCCGAAGAUGGGCAGUAUUUGGCUUUUCUUCGGACAAACGAGUCCACCGUUCCUGAAUACCCCAUUCAGUAUUUUGUCUCGAGGCCGAGUGGGAAAAGGCCCGAAGAAGGACAGGAGAGCUACCCCGAGGUGCGAGAGAUUAAAUAUCCAAAGGCCGGAGCACCGAACCCCAUUGUUGAUCUGCAAUUCUAUGAUAUCAAAAAGAAGGAGGUGUUUUCUGUCAGAAUUGACGAUGACUUUCCUGACUCAGAUCGCCUUAUCACUGAGGUCGUCUGGGCAGGCUCUUCAGGACAAGUCCUGAUCAGGGAAACGAACAGAGUGAGCGAUAUACUAGCUGUGGUUUUGAUCGAUGUCAAGUCCCGGUCAGGCAAAGUUGUUCGGACGCAAGAUGUCUCUGCUCUAGAUGGCGGCUGGUUUGAAGUCUCCCAAGAAACACGAUACAUUCCAGCAAGCAACGCUCAAGGUCGUCCGUAUGAUGGGUACAUCGAUACCGUCAUUCAUGACAAUUAUGAUCAUCUCGCAUAUUUUUCACCUAUGGACAAUCCGAAGCCUACCUUGCUCACCUCCGGUGGCUGGGAGGUUGUACAGGCUCCAUCCGCUGUGGACCUCAUCAACAAUCGUGUGUAUUUUGUGGCUACGAAAGAAGGCCCCACCCAGAGACACGUGUACAGCGUGAAGCUCGACGGUACUGAUCUGCAAUCUAUGACGGAUACGUCGAAAGAAGGCUAUUACAGCGUAUCCUUUUCGACUGGAGCAAAGUUUGCGCUAUUGACCUACCAAGGACCGAACGUUCCGUGGCAGAAAGUCAUCAACACGCCUAGUAACAGCGAGAAGUAUGAAGAUAUUAUUGAAGAAAACAAGGCACUCGCCCAACUGGCAAGGGAACAUGAACUGCCUCCCAAGGUCUAUCAGACGGUCAAAAUCGAUGGUACUGAACUCAAUGUGGUUGAGCGUCGGCCUCCCCACUUUGACAAGAAUAAGAAAUAUCCGGUUCUUUUCUAUCUGUACGGGGGACCAGGUUCGCAGAUGGUUGACAAAAAGUUUGUCGUUGACUUCCAGUCAUACUUGGCUUCAAAAUUGAAUUAUAUCGUCGUAACGGUUGAUGGGCGUGGUACUGGCUUCAUUGGGCGGAAAGCCCGGUGCAUAGUGCGCGACAACCUUGGACAUUAUGAGUCUCAUGACCAGAUUGAGACUGCAAAGAUUUGGGCAGCCAAGGACUAUGUUGAUGAAAGUCGAAUGGCGAUUUGGGGCUGGAGCUACGGAGGGUUCAUGACGUUGAAGACACUUGAACAGGACGCUGGGCAGACCUUCAAAUAUGGUAUGGCUGUUGCUCCUGUAACGGACUGGAGAUUUUAUGACUCUGUUUACACCGAGCGCUACAUGAGUACACCGCAAGAGAAUGCUGAUGGCUAUGCCAAUGCCUCCAUCAGCAAUGUCACCGCUCUCGGUCAAAAUGUCAGGUUCUUGCUCAUGCACGGUGUCGCCGAUGACAACGUGCACAUGCAAAAUUCGCUCACCUUGCUCGAUCAGCUCGACUUGGCUGGAAUUGAAAAUUAUGACGUUCACGUCUUCCCUGAUUCUGACCAUGGCAUCUCUUUCCAUAAUGCGUACCGGAUCGUCUUCGAUAAACUCAACAACUGGUUGAUCAAUGCUUUUAACGGCGAAUGGCUUCGUACAGAGAAUCCAAUGCCGUUGCUGGAUAUCGCGACGCCACCGUAGGCGUAACCGUUUCCCUGUAAAUUAUCUUCCGCAUCAUUGCAUAUUUCUCUCAUUGGUUGGCAUAUGAAGGCGCAUAUUUCUCAUUUUUCUUCAUUUACGACUUUUUACAAGCAAUUGGUCCAUGUGAUUUACGAGCAUAGAAGUUCUUCUUUAAUUUAGGGAUUUAUCUAUAUAAUAAUAUAUUCAAACAGUGAGGAGAAUUGGGUCA